CAUAAUGUAACCCAUAUCAACUACUCCCUGUCACAUGACCCACGUCAGCUGAUUUGAGGUCCCUCUUCUGAUUGGCUCCUUUCACGUCGCGGCAACUCUGAAAACCGGCUGUGGAGGGAUACUUCCGGGUUCGACUCCUGCUGUGGCUGUGAGCUUAUGGCAUUUAGAGCGGUAUUGGAAAACAAAGCGUUUUCUCUCCUCAAUUCAUCUUUAAACUUUAAACUCAGCGGUCAGGUUUUUUUUCCCCUUUGAAUUGAUCUUCUUCAUAUUGAAGUGGCGAGCCGGUAGGACCAUUCUUUGUUUUCCCCUCUUUUCCCCCACUUAGCCGUCUUUGGAUUACGGACAUAUUUCCCCCUUGUAUGAAGCUGGACCCUAAGGAGGAAUACCUUAAAAGUGAACUUUAAAAAGAAAAGGACCAAAAAAAGGACUCUUAGCAAAAGGACUCUUGCACAGAAAAAUCACAGCAUUGAUUUAUUAUUUAAUUGUGGACAUUUACGUUGUGUGUUGUGUUAAUUAUUUUGUUCCAUUUCCCCUUUCCCCUAUUUAUUCAAUAUAUUUUUGGUACAAGACAUGACAGUCUUUGGUCUCAUCAUUCACACCAUCUAGGCUCCAUAAAGAACUAUUUCUUCUGCGCGUCAGUCAGUAAAUUCAUCCAUUGACAUAAACUAGUCCUUUAAAUAACUUAGCGUUACACGUGGCGAGCCAGCCAGGAGCCUGAUGGGUGAAUGAGUGGUUUUUUUGUGUUAUUUGAUGUAAUUUGAUAUUCGGUAUUUUCUGUGGUUUUGAUAAGGUCCGCGACAAGAAAAAAUGAAGUUUAUUCAGGAAAGUGGGGUCAAUGUUGCACAUUCUGUCAUUGUUUCUGGUGCCACGAACACUGAGAAAGAUGAGGAAAUUCUUGAUUAUUUGAAACAAUACGGUCGUAUAAAAACGGUUAUUUUCGUGGAUGACGCAAAUAGUGUUUUUUACAAAAACCUGAUCGUUGAAUAUUGUGAUAGUUCUGCGAUAACUGCUCUUAAUACGUUUUUCCCAUAUACUCAUCAGUCAAAGAAUCACUCGGCUUUGACUUUUUGCGUAAGAUCGCUUGCCGCAGAAUGCACAGCCACAGGAGGAGUCAGGACCCCUGCAGAUUACCUCGGCGAGCUCAAGCAACUUGCACGCCGCAGCGGCAGGGAAUUCCCAGAUAUUCUGCGGGAAAUGAUGGGACAAAUUAGUGAGCAUCUGGAAGGAAUCGAACAAGACAGUGACUUAGAGGGAGCCUCAGUCCAAAUUGUGGAGCCUGCAUCAUCUCUGCCUGGCCAGCAGGGGUCGUUGUCUGGACACUCCACAAUCCCUGAGACAGCUACCAGCAAUCCCUCACCUGACCAACAGGGGUCACUGCCACAUCCACAAAGAUUUUCACUGUCACAGACUGAAAUGAACCCCCCAGAAAUACAAAAGGUAGUGGUGGAGCAUGUUGUAAAAACAGACACCGUAUCUGCAUUCAGACUUCGUCCUUUCUCUGGGAAGAUCCCCAAACCAGCUAACGAAACAGAUUAUGAGACCUGGAGAUCUCACAUUGAACUGCUGUUAGCAGAUCCAAAUUUGGCACCUCUACAGAUCACUCGUCGCAUCCUUGAAAGUUUGCUACCUCCGGCAGCAGAUGUUGUGAAAGGGCUGGGCUCAAACACAAUUCCAUCCAUCUAUUUAAAAGUGUUGGAUUCUGCUUUUGCUUUAGUACAAGAUGGUGAAGAGUUGUUUGCUCAAUUCCUGAAUACGUUACAGGAUCCGGGUGAGAAACCCUCUGCUUUUUUGCAACGUUUACAACUCACAUUAAACACUGUGAUGAAAAGAGGUGGUAUCUUGUCU